UUGCCAUUUCUUCUCGCUUUCCUUUACGCGAUAUUUUUUCUUUUUUUUUUUUUUGUUGCCAAUAUGCUGGACGAAUGCACGGCCGGCACAUGUACCCGUUGAUACCGCGUCUAGUGCGGAUCGUAGAAAAAUAACUAACGCUGCCCGAUAAACCGGUUUCGCCGCAACGAAGCGGUGACCUCCUCGUGCUCGAGAAUGCUGUAAACUGUGACAAGUAUUCUUUGCUCGCGUUCAUAGAAAUUGUUGGUGCGUGGUUGGACGCGAACAACAUUCCCCAGCCAGUGGGGAUUUGCCAGAAAUCUAAGCAUUGCGUGAACCGCGAUGGACGAAGAAGAAAUCGACGGCGUGAAGUCGCCUAUCAAGAGGCUUGGCUCCACGCGGAAGCUGCUCGUCUUUAACAGAUGCAGGGGGUGGUGAGAGGAACCGGUGAACUGCGCCUUGGAUGCGAACGAGGGAGUGCAACAGAGAGGCAGGAAAGGUGGGGCAGAGGACGGUUAGAGCGAACACGCCGGGACGAGAAUCGGUACGGGACCGAGACGGACGAAUGAGAGAAAGGGGGAGAACCGUACGAAGCGAGAACGAAUGAAAAGGGAGGGAGAUCCCGGAGCGAGAACGUGGAUAGAAAGAGAGAGAAAAUCCGGUUGCCUGGCGACGAGCCAUCUAGUUCGAUCCCAGCCAGCCGACCGGCCACCCUCUCUGGCCGUAGGAGCAACGGGAGAAGGCGAACCGCCUCUCUGCCUUCGAUUUCCUUUCCUUGUCGUUCUUAAAUUUCCGAAACUGCCGCGCCUUUGUUUCCCCGACGUUCCUCUGCUCGGGGCCGCGGUCUUUUUAGCCCCCCUUGGUGGUUCCGUACCAACGGAAAAGUGUCGUCUCUACGCCGUUAACGUUUUUCUGCGCGAUGGGUUUCGGUUAGAGUCCCCGUUGCACGUUUCAAGGCCGGUGGGAGCUGGGGCUCGAGCGCGUUGCGUGCGGCGUGUGUGUGCGCCGAACACAGCGAGUAUAUCGCUUUCGAACAGUUUCGUUUUGCUGACGAGAACGAGAGUACCGGGGCCCUCGGAAGUGUUUCGCGCCGUGGAACCGGAGCCCGAAGGGAAGAAAACGCGAAGCAGGAAGAGGGAGACCCCCCGGCCCCAGGUGACAGAUAGAGAGGUACAGGAGACACAUGUGCGAACCGGCCACGGGGAGAGAUGAUUUCGAGACGAGACGUAAUUAAUGACCGUACGUGCGGCGACGAAAAUCUGGGAGAAAAAUGAAACCGGGGACCCGUGGGAAUACAGAAACGUAAUGGAAAUCGACGAAGUGCUCGGUGUGUUUCGAUGCUACGCCGCGAGCAGAUAAAUCGUUUCGUAUCGUUGCAAGAUGCUCGGCUUCUUCUGUUUUCUUCGGUGUUACGACGGUUGGAAUCGAUGUCGAUCGUACGUGCGCGUCUGAUCGAUUCACAGAUUGGUUGAAAGGGACUAGAUUGCCGGUGGUGAGUUCUGGAAGUAAACCCCGAAAAUUAAACCGAGAAAUCGUGGGCUCGCGAUACGAUCGAUUAAUCGAUAACUUGGCUAGCAGCUCGAUCGCGAGGUUCGUUCCAGUGGUCCGGGGAUAUUUUUAAGAGGAACAGAGGGACAGAAGGUGGCCCAUUGAAGGAGUUUGCCAACUAUAACGGAACUCCUGUCUCUUUUCAACCCUGUUUCGUCGUCCUUCCUUUUCCGUUGCUGUUCUCUCUCGUAUGUACGUUCGACCGAUCGACGCGAAUCGAGACCUACGCUUAGCCCGGCAACAUGUUCCAGUGCAUUAUUCAGCAGAGAAACGGAUGGAUUCAUCCUUAUAAUCCCGACACCAAGGACGUCUUUCCAGAUGCUAUCGAGUUUCGAGCGCAAGGAAGGUCAAAAAUCUCCACGAGUGAUUUUGGUGCGACGCUACGCCUCCAGAGAUCGGCAGAUUUCCUAACCUGGAAAUAACGCGACGCUGUUUGGUAACUCGAUACACAUAUACAGUGGGAACGCGCGUGUUUUUGUGCUACGACCGCGACAAUACACAUUUGGUUUACGGUGACGCGAGCAAAGUGAUCCGUGCACGAAGAUAAAACAGCAUCAUCGGGGAUCAGCGGAGCUGACAAAUAACGCAGAACAAUGUUCAAGCUCGCUGGACGCCAAGAAUGGGAAGCUUUGACGAAAGACAUACGGCUGCAGCUGAACGAACAGCUGAGAUGUCUCGAUGUCAGGAUGGAGGCACAAGUCGCCCUUGUGGCAGAACUUCAAGAUUUUUUUCGAAAGAGAGCCGAGUUGGAGCUCGAUUACAGCAAGUCCCUCGACAAGAUGGCCAGAAGCAUACAGCUGAGACACAAGGAACAAAAGCAAAAGCGAGAACACUGGCCUCUGUUCUCCAGUUACGCAUGCUGGCAGCAACUCAUCAACGAGACAAAAUCCUUAAGCAGAGACCACGCAGCUCUUUCGGAAGUCUACAGUACGCAUCUCGUGGGACGUCUCAAUCAGGUGAUGGAAGACGUACAACGGAUAUACAAGCGUUGCCGUGAAAUAGGCUACGAGACGCACGAGGAAAUCCUCCGAGUGCUGCACGAGCUCCACACAACGAUGAAGACGUACCAGGCUUACCAAGCAGAAUCGAGGCAAGCGGAAACUAAGCUUCGCGUGGCCGAACAGCAACGUAGCAAGCUCGAAGUGGCGAUCGCCCCGCCCGAGAAGCUUGCACGUAGCAAAAAGUACAAGCUCAUCGAAAAGGAAGUGAACAAGAGGAAGAGCAAGUAUCAGGAAGCGAAGCUGAAGGCGCUGAAAGCGAGAAAUGAAUACAUUUUGUGCCUGGAAGCAUCGAACACGACGAUACACAAAUACUUUGUGGACGAUUUAUCGGAUCUCAUUGAUUGUAUGGAUUUUGGUUUUCACAAUUGCAUCGCCAGGGCAUUGUUGAUGCAUUGCAGCGCAGAGGAAGGCAGGCAGCGUUCACUGCAGUCAGGUGCUGAACAAUUGACUGCAUGUGUCGGUGCACUAGACUCCAGGGCAGACAAACAGAGAUUUUUGGAGUCGUAUCAUUCUGCUUUCAUGAUUCCCAAAAAGUUCGAAUUCCAAGGGCAACGAGGGGACGAGACCCCAGAGCCCGAAUUGCAAAAAUUAUUACACACCGAGAUGGAACAACGACUGAUGCAACUGCAACAAAGAGUAACGUCUUUGAGGACAGAGUCCGAGGAAGUUUGGAAGACUUUAGAAACGGCAGAGGCUAGCCUGCUGGAAAUGCUAACCGCGAAGGAUUACGAUUGCUCCAGAUACUUUGGGGACAAUGCUGUGCCCACUUCGAGGCCUCCGGAAACAUUGCAAAUUAAACUCAGAGCCGACAGACAAGAGACCGAAGAAUUCUACCUCACCAAAUUCAGGGAAUACCUUCUCGGAACGUCAAGAAUAGCCAGACUAGACGCCAAACAAGAAUAUAUACGACAAAGCCUGUUGGACGGCUCCACUGCCAGCGCAAAUUCAUCGAUGUCGACGACGAAACAGAAGCAAGCACGCCGGAAACGGAUCGGCCGAUUGCAGAUGAACGGGCAGCCGAAAUUGUUUGGCGGCUCGUUGGAGGAAUACUUGGAGAGCACGAACCAGGAAAUACCGCUGAUCAUGAAGAGCUGCAUCAGAGUGAUAAAUUUGUACGGACUUCAUCAUCAAGGUAUCUUUCGAGUGUCUGGAUCGCAGGUGGAAAUAAACAACUUCCGUGAAUGGUUCGAGAGAGGGGAGGAUCCCUUAGCAGACGUCACGGACGCAUCGGAUAUUAACAGCGUCGCUGGUGUAUUGAAGCUUUAUUUGAGAGAACUUCGAGAGCCGCUUUUUCCUAUCAUCUACUUCGAGCAUCUAAUGGAACUGGCGCAAUUAGAAUCGAAACAGGAAUUCGUUAACAAGAUGAAAGAACUGAUAUCGAGUCUUCCAAGACCAGUCGUCAUUGUAAUGCGAUACCUUUUCGCCUUCCUCAAUCACCUUUCAGAAUUCUCGGACGAGAACAUGAUGGAUCCGUAUAACCUGGCGAUCUGCUUCGGUCCAACGUUGGUUCCUGUGCCCGAGGAUAAGGAUCAGGUCCAGUACCAAAACCAAGUGAACGAACUGAUCAAAAACAUCAUCACGUUCUGCGAGGAAAUAUUUCCGGAGGACAUUGGAGGUACUCAGUACGAAAAAUACAUUAGUAGAGAACCGGACGACGUAGACGUGGGCGACUCGCCGACAGAUCAGGUUCAGGAAGACAUGGACUCCGAGGUGUAUCCAUCCGAGGACGAAUCGGAAAACCUCGAAGCUACAGCGCAAUUCGAUUUCAAUGCAAGGUCCGAAAGAGAGUUAAGCUUCAAAAAGGGGGAUACCUUGACUCUGUACACGCAAGUCAGUAAUGACUGGUGGCGAGGUGCCUUGGCUGGCAGAGAGGGGCUUAUUCCCGAUAAAUAUAUUAUGAUCAAGAUAAAGGACGAGGAACGCGAAAAGGAGCUCCUGAAAUCGUCCAGCGAAGAAUCCAUGAGAAGAAGAACGUCCAGUUCCGCGGACAGUGUUCUCUCGAGCAACAAUUCACCGCUGAUGGGACCGUCCAGUAAUCCGGGUACCUGGUCUUCCGGUACCACGUCCGACGUGACUACGAAUAUAAUAGCAACAGACAAUAGCAGCAACAGCGGCGUUAUUCCAGCAACGGCGACUAGCGUACCUUGCAUCUCGUCCACGCAACCGAUCAUCAGUCGAGAGGAGUGCGGGCCCCGCGUGGCGAAAGCCUCGACGCCCGAGAUGGAGAAACGGAAGGACGCGAUGGCCAGCAACAACGCCGAGAACGAGAAAACGUCCAACUUCGGCGACUCGUCGGCGCAGCAACAGCAGUGCAACGAGGAUGCCGGCGAAGAAGCGGAACGCAUCUCGCUGAUGAGCUUGGAGGGCGGAUCGAAGCGCGGUACCAGCAGGAAACAGCACUGGAAGUCGCAGAGCAUGGGGGACACCAUGCAACAGACGACCAACACACUGCAGACGAACAACUCGCUGAACCAGGGCGACGAGCUCCAGGAACAGCCGACCUUCUCGGCCAAUCGCGAGCUGUGGCAGAGACGGGCGACCUCGCAGACCCAGCUGAACCCACCGGCGCCGCCGAAUCACAAGCUUUUCCGUAGCUCGCAGGAGUUCCGCGAGAUGCGCCAGAAGCACACGCCGGAUCUCGUGAUGGACCUGCCGCUGUCCGCUCAGGACGCUGGCAAGAAGUCCGCCUCGUCGAGCAGCCUGAGCAGCUCCGACGAGGAGACACCGAUUCAGCCCACCCGGGCGGAAGCAGCUACCUCGCCUACCGGCGGACCGGAAUCCCCCGACAUGAGCACGGCCGCCGAGCGGUUCGCCAAACAGAAUCAGUGCACGCUGAAAAAGAACACCAAGUCGAACCCCGAGGCGUCCAAGCUGAAGCGCAUGGAAACGGAGAACGAGCCUGAACAGGAAGAGGAGAUGGUCAGAUCGGCCAGCUCCAAUCAGAUAUCCGACUCGAUACCCAUAAGGUCGCCGCGUUCCACGCCCAAGAUAGUCGCGAAAUUCGCUGACAUGCACCUGACGGGCGGCAGCCAGGUAUCCUCGUUCAAGCCCCAGGUGAAGGUGAAGCCGACGAUCCUGAAGAAACCGGUGAUGCCCUUCCCGCAUCCGCACAUGAGCCCCGAACUCGCGAGGAAGAUCGAGAAGCAGGCACAGAGUGCCGAGCAGACGAAUUAAUUAUCGCUCCGGGUAGAUCUAGAGAGAGAGAGAGAGAGCUUCGUUUGACGAGGGACGGUUUACUUUCGGCGGCCCAUGCGUGUGUUAAUUACUGUAGGGAUGGAAGGGAAUUCGCUGACACAGAGCGCCGAGUAGACGAAUUAAUCGUCGCUCCAGGUGGUCGAGAGAACUUCGUUUAGCGAGGGACGUUUACUUUCGACGAUCCACGCGUGUUGGAACGAGAUGAACGUAGAGAUACACCGUCGAGAAACUCUGAUCGAACAGGUACUCCGCCCGAUUGCAGGGACUCGAAGCCGAAUUUACUCUUUUUCGCUUUGGACGGUCAUCGAGAAGCAAACGCAAAGCGCCGGGUAAACGAAUCAACCCUUUGACUGCGAACACAGCGCCUAUACUCGACUGUGUAUCCUCUUUUAAGUAGAACGUAAUAAUUUUUAUCGCGCUGUCCUGUGCAGUUUUUUUAAUCUCUAUGAUAAAGUAUCGAGUUUAAAGUUUACUGAAUUAUUUCGGUUCGUCUGUGUUCGUGAAGAUCGGUUUUUACACGGCUACGUUGUCCAUGGACUAUAUGUAUACGUUCAACGCGCGAAAAAGUUCACCGCGGUCAGGGGGUUGUUUAUUGCCCCUCCAGAUGGUCGAGAGAGCUUCGUUCAGCAAGAGACAUUUAUUUUCAGCGAUUUGUGCGUGUUCGAGCGAUGGUGAACGUAGAGAUUUACUACCGAGACACGCCCCCAUCGACCAGGUACUCCGCCCAAUUGCAAGGACUCGAAGCACGUUAGUUACUGUACCCGAAAUAAAAGGAAAGCCGAGCAGGCAGCGUCGUGCCUCGAUACAAGCAACGCGGCGUCACGCAUUUAACGAGGCACGACGCCGCCUAUGGGCCCGAGUUUAUUUUUUCUACGACUAUUUUCCAUUUUCGCAUAAUUUUUUUACCAAAUGAUCCGCGAAACGAUGUUUCUAGUCAUCGAGCGACGAUAGAGAAACGAUGAGAGAAAUGUGUGAGCGAGAUAAUACAUCGAAGAAUAAUAACAGUUUCGAGUUUAAAAUAAGUUGUUCGCCGAAUGAGAGAGAGAGAGAAUGAUACGAAUUUUGUACGUUGGACGAUACGUGUAAUUUAUUGCAAAAGGAUAUAUUUCUCCUCAACGUGUAUCAGUAUGAUGAUGUUUGCAACAGUCGUGUACGAUGUUCCUUUAAAAUGCACGCGAGUGAGUAUGAAUUAAAAAAAGAAACAAAAAAAAAGAGAAGCCUUUUUCCGGGAGUUCGUUUACUUAGGGGAAUGAGUGAAACGAUAAUCGAGAUGGCCGAAUCCCGAUUGUCGUUAGACAUUUCAUGUAACGCGCCCAUGGGCGUUUUAAUUAUUAAGAACUAUAUGAAAAUGAUGUUCGAUAUAUUCGAUAAUAAUAAGUGUACAAUAACGCACGUGUAUUUAACGGUUCGACGUCGUCUGUUUUAGGUCUGUACCAAUUAUUCUGCUAUGAAAUUCAACGAAAUAGGAAAAAGCGAUGUAUCGUGUCGACGUAUUCAUACCCUUUCCUACAAUCAGUGGUGGAACUUCGAUUCGCUUUGCGUUGCUUCCAAUCUUGUUGCAUUCUAAUACACACGUUCGAAGCGAUUCGAAAUAUCGUUCGAUGUUAACGAUCUCUUGAUGAUGCAUAAAAGCUGUACUCGUAGAAAAAAAUUGAUCCAAGAUUGAUAGAUAAAAAUGAUCCAAGUCGGUGAAGAUUGAAAACUAAAUAGUUGCUAAACGUUCGUUACAAAAAUAUAUUAACGAUCGCUACAUAUUUCGAGACUUUCUUUCAUAUCGAAUCGUAUGUUAACGAAAUUGCGUAAGCGAAUGCAUCGCGUAAGUAUGUAAGACAUCGAGUAUUUAUUUAUUAAAUAAAUAAAGCCCUCGAACCUUAUCGAUUAUCGAAAUUCUCAAGGGCUGUAAGAUUCUCAAUACUUCUAAAGCUUCGAAUCAGAUUCCAAGUAACCUCCCGCCAUUUUAUGGAUUCGAAGCGACUCGAAGCGUUCCAAAUCCCCCAAUCGCUACCUAUAACCAACUAAAACAUUGUACUCGUUUAUCGAAUAAUACGCAUACAAUAACCCGAUACUAAUGUGCAGGAAUUCUGCAAUUGUAUUUCGAAAAGUAAAACGCUCGAAAAAUAUCACGGCCCAAAGUAACGAGUUCGGUUAGAGCAGUGUUUCCCAACGUGGGGCAAUUUUUAAUAUUCCGAGUGCAAAUGGAAAACUAUAUUGCAUUCAGUUUCUUCUUUUAUCUGUUCCAAGUACCUAUUUGUAUUAGACUUGUUCGGAACUUGGUUGGCUGUUGCGUUUAGAGGGAGGUAUGAGAGGUUGGGAAACACUGGGAUAGACAAAACUAACGUAAUACUCUUUAUGGUUACUGAUCAAAUAUUAAAACGAAUAUUAUCGUAUUAUACCCACCGCAAUAAGAAUAUUAAAGCCAAUGGAUUGUCGCCUUUUCCAUUUGUAUCAUAUUUGUAGCAAGAGAGGGCAAAUUUCAUUCGCAAACAACGAAUAAAGAUUCUACAUUCGUUCGUAGACUUUUCCAUGCAGUUCCGUUCGCCUGGAUUAGAAAACAUUCGGUGAUAUAUACUGAUAUACAUGUACUGAUUCAUUAAUUUAAGAACGAAUUUAAAAUUUUUAUUCGUCAUUCCCGUGAAUAAAAUUUACCCAAAUCUAAUUUGUUCGAGGAAUACUCUAAACCUUGAUUUUUACGAUGCGUUCGUUUUUUUUUUUUAUCAAUUUCGCGAAAGUUGCGUUUUUACGAUAGUUUUCCUAUGCUUUAUACUGAAUUGUUAUUUUCAAGAGGAUUCGGUAUAAUUUCACGCGUAAUUUAAUCUCGUUGGAUUUUUACGUUGAUUUUUAAUGUUUCGACUGACGCAGGAGCCUAAUUUGACGAUUCUCCGUUACGAUUAACUGAUAUUCAAUAAAGAAACUU